AUGUACUCGAUAACCUUCCACCACCAUGCUCGGCAAACGGUGCUGAUCAAGGACAAGUCCGCCGUAGUCACCACUGCUGCCGCCGCGGACAUCCCUCCGGCCCUGGUGUUCAACGGCUCGUCUACGGGCGUUCCAGAGUCCAUCGACACCAUCCUGUCCUCGAAGCUGUCCAACAUCUGGAUGCAGAGACAGCUCAUCAAGGGCGAUUCCGGCGAGACGCUGAUCCUGGAUGGGCUCACCGUGCGACUAGUCAACCUUUUCUCCUCCACCGGGUUCAAGGGUCUGCUGAUAGAACUGCAGGUGGCGGACGAAGGUGGCGAGUUCGACGCCAGGGUCGCAGGCAUUGAGGCGCACCUGGCUGAAAUCCACGCCAAGGACUACAAGACCUCAUCUGACUCAAUGGCCGCGGACUCGCACAACGACAUUUGCGAUUUGGCGUAUCAGUACGUCUGUGCCCUGGAAUCCUGA